AUGAGCCUCUUUGAGUUUUUGGAGAGCGGCUUCAAGCUGCGCCUCGUUCCACUCCUCGAAAUUCACGUCUUGUGCGGGAGGUCGCGGGCCUCCUUUACCCUUGUAGCAACGCGGUUGCUGCCCCUGAGCUUCGCUACCGCCUCAACCACGGACAAACCACGGGUAUUCUUCCCGGCCGACUUCUCUCCCACAGAGACCUCUGUCAUCGACUCCACCGUGGCUUCCGCAUCAACACACCCGGGGACCCCCAACACAAACGGGACCAACGCGCCGCAGCCACCCGCGACUGGCCAGCCGUUUCCCGAUAGCGAAGGCUUUGAGACCGAUACUUCUGCGCUUCUGGCGCAGGGACAGACAUUCGCGCUGGCUUCCAACGCCCCCCAGCAGCCUCCGGCGUGGAGCCUGGGGUCCACCGCGCCCGGUACGACACCGAUCCCCCAGAACCAAGGCACCCCGGCGCGUACUAAUGGAACGGCGAAUGGUGCAAUCGCCGCGUCUACACCGAUUGGCGCCGUGACUCCCGCCCGCCAAUUGAUCACUGCCAGCACACCUGCGACCUCGCCGGCCACCACGACUCUGGUCGCGCCUCCCGAAGGCAUCUACCGCUCGUUUGAUGAUCUUUUAACUGCCGUCCAGCGCGUCGCAAAGGACAACGGUUACGGCAUCGUCAAACUUCGCGCCUCCAACUACCGCGAUGCCAAACCGACGCGCUACGACCUCGUGUGCGACCGUGGCGGUGUCAAGUACAACAGCACUGCGAAAAAGCGCAACCCAUCCACGCGCAAGGUCGAUUGCCCCUUCCGUGCCAAGGCUGUUUGUGAGGUGUCGCUGGCCAACCAGUGGCGCUUUGUCGUCCAGGAGUCCCGUCACAACCACGAGGCUCGCGUACCGGCCGCCCCUCCAGGUCAAGAGGCGACGCCGAUUGCGCAGAAUCUGCGCAGUUUUACGAACAAGCUCGACCGCAUUAGCCAUGAUGUCAGCCACGGCUUCCAGGAGAUGAACAGCCGCCUUGAUAAUUUUAUGGAGUCGAUCGAGAAGCGCCUCGAAGCCGUGGAGCAGCGUCUAAAUAACAAUCUGGUCAUGGCAAACGCCAUGCCACCAAACUUGGCCAAUGGCCUGGGAGGCGGCAUGCCAGGCCAGCAAGCUGUCCUGGACAGUCGCUUGAACAAUGUCGAAGCAAGACUCAACGCUAUGGAGACGCGAGGUUUGGACAUGCCGCUGGAUGACGUCGACUCUCGAAUGUUGUCAACAGGCGUCAUGUAG